UGCUUCAGUUCACACCAGCGCCAACCCCGGCUCCUGGGACUCUGCUGUAUUUCAGGCCUCUGUAGUUCUGCAGCACAAACUUUGGAACUGUACAGGACUCUUCCAUAUUUUCCUGAAAACGAAGGAUUUUUAAAGAGAUCUUUUCCCACUGCAGCAGACCUGAGCAUGGAGGCCACCACUGGGGAAUAUGUUGAUGACUAUGAAUACUAUGAUGGCAAUGAGACUGCUUGUGACUUCUCAGAGUGGGAGCCUUCCUACUCCCUCAUCCCGGUCCUCUACAUGCUCAUCUUCAUCCUGGGCCUGUCAGGUAAUGGAGUGGUCAUCUUCACCGUCUGGAGAUCCAAAUCUAAACGCCGGGCCGCAGAUGUCUACAUUGGUAACCUGGCUCUUGCUGACCUCACCUUUGUUGUAACCUUACCUCUGUGGGCCGUGUACACAGCGCUGGGCUACCACUGGCCUUUUGGAGUGGCUCUGUGCAAGAUCAGCAGCUAUGUUGUUCUGGUCAACAUGUAUGCCAGUGUUUUCUGUCUCACCUGCCUGAGCUUUGACCGGUACCUGGCCAUAGUGCACUCCCUGUCCAGCAGCAGGCUGCGCUCUCGGGGCACCAUGCUGGCCUCCCGGGCCAUCUGGCUCCUGUCUGGCCUGCUGGCUGUGCCCACGCUGCUGUUCCGCACCACUGUGAAUGAUCAGAACAGCAACAGAACCAUGUGUGCAAUGGACUUCAGCCUGGUGACCAUGAACCAGAGGCAUGAGUACCUCUGGAUUGCGGGGCUCAGUUUGUCCUCCUCUGCCCUGGGUUUCCUUCUACCUUUCUUGGCCAUGACCAUCUUCUACUGCUUCAUCGGCUGCACCGUCACACGCCACUUCAACAACCUCCGCAAAGAGGACCAGAAGAAGAAGAGGUUGUUGAAGAUCAUCACCACAUUGGUUGUGGUGUUUGCGAUCUGCUGGACACCCUUCCAUGUGCUGAAGAGCAUGGACGCCCUGUCCUACCUGAACCUGGCUCCCAGCUCCUGUGGCUUCCUGCGUUUCCUGCUGCUGGCUCACCCAUAUGCCACCUGCUUGGCCUACGUCAACAGCUGCCUCAACCCAUUCCUGUACGCCUUCUUUGACCUGCGUUUUCGUUCCCAGUGCCUGUGCCUGCUCAACCUGAAGAAGGCUAUGCAUGGCCAGAUGAGCUCCAUGUCAUCCACACUCAGCGCCCAGACUCAGAAAUCAGAGGUUCAGUCUUUGGCCACAAAGGUGUAGAAAGAAAAAUAAAAGGUGGGGCAUGGCUGCAGGUCGGUCACAGCGCUCACCACUGGAACACUUGUAAAAAUACAGACUUUACGUGUCCAUUGUUCAAAGCUGGUAAGGAGAGAUGAUGAACUCUGAAACGUUACUGCUCACAGUCAUGAAAUCCAUUGUAUGUUCCUCCUAUUCUACAGCAAGAGAGGGUGAAAUACUAUGUAUGUUGUGUGGAUUUGAAGCUGGAGCCAGCUGGCUGAGCUCCUCAGCUGCUUUGUUCCUUAAAUACUCAGAGAAAAAGUCUAUUUUUAUGUUUUGUCUUGCUCUGUAAAGUUUGUAGGAUGAAAGUGGGCAGCAUUUGGACUUUACCAACACACACUGAUGUUGAGAAAUGAUGUACCUUUACAUCUGUUUACACUGGAUGAAACAUAAAGUUGUACAGUAUUUUCAUACCAUAGCAUUUUUUUCUGAUAUUUUACUGUUUUGUUUUAGAAGCACUUGUUAAAUGUGUGAGCAGGGAAAUCAAACAGAGUAGUGUCCUCUUAAAAGCAUGUUGUUUGUGAAGGUAGAUGUCUGUGCUGCAGGAGGGAAGGGAAUGGGGGGGGGGGGGCUGUACGAGGAGAAAAGGUGUUACAGCUUAAUUAUAUAGUUUGUGCAGAGGAGACGGGGGCAGACAAGCAGAUGGCAGUUGACAAAUGUUGUUGGGGAACAGAAUUGGGUGGGGUGGGGUGGAGGGGUUCACAGUGUAGUCACGGCACUCAAGGGGGACAAAGGAACUUUAUAAUUGUUCCAUUUUGAUGUAUAUGUUUUAUUUUUGACAUCAAUGUAACUAACUUCUAUAU